CUCUCUCUCUCUCUCUCUCUCUCUCUCUCUCUCUCUCUCUCUCCUCUCCUGAAACUAUUUGAUCUCCACAAGCUUCCAUAGAAAAUUAAUGAAGCCCUAGCCUCCUCCUCCCUCUCUCCUCUCUCUCUCUCUCUAUCUCUCUCUCUCUCUCUCAACCCAACGUUAUAUUCAUAUAUAUAGACCAUGGCGGUAACCUCACCCCCUUCUCCUUAUACUUCUCCUGCUCCUCCUCCUCUUCCCCUUUCAUGAAACCCUUCUCCUUCGACCCCUCCUCCUCCUCCUCCUCCUCCUCCUCGCCCUUGUCCUCGUAUUAUAGUAGUAGUAGUAGUAGUAGAAGAAGAGGUAUCCUGAUCUAUAUUGGUCUAUCGAAGGGUGGGGAGAGGGCCAUGGCGUGAUGCGACGAUGCUCCUCCUCCUCCUCCUCCGGCGACGGCGCUGCGAAGAGGGAGGCUAUGGCGCCGGAGGGCCCGGUCUCGGGAAAGGCCCAGCACCUCUGAACCGCACCACCACGGCCAUGGCCCAGGAGCCCGACAACACCCCCACAACCCGAGCAGCAAGGAACCAAGAGGAGGAAGGAGAAGAAGAAGACGAAGAAGAAGAAGAAGAAGAAGAAGACGAAGAAGAGGAAGAGGAAGUAGAGGAAGGAGAAGGAGAAGUAGAGGGUAGUGUGGGGAUAAGUAGGAGUAGUAGCAGUAGUAGUAGUAGAGGUGGGGGUGUGAGGAACCCGUACAGGGCGUGGCUACAACUGGGCCUCGGCCCAUCACGGCCCACCGUACACGAGAGGAGGAGGAGGAGGAGGAGCGCUCCCGGGGUCACCACGGAGCUCGAGCUCUUCCCGGGGAGGUGGAGGUACCCACCCCCUCCACCUCCUCCUCCUCCUCCUCCUCCUCCUCCUCCACCUCCACCUCCUCUACCUCUUCCUCCUCCGCCGCCGCCGCAGCCGCCGCCGCCGCAGCAGCUGCAGCGGUGGGCGGCGCCGCCG